AUGAGCCUAAAAUCUAUGCCAGCUUUGGCUCUGGUUUAUGAGGUUCACAUUCCCAAUUCUGCAUGGAUAUAUUUAAAGAUACAAAUCUUAUGUUGUUGCUUUUUCCCCCUUCCAAUUAAAGGUGCAGGGUCACUGACUAGAUAUGAUGAAACAGCCAUUGCCACCAACUGGCAAAAAAAAUUGACUCCAGAGCAGUUCUAUGUCACAAGAGAAAAAGGAACUGAACUGCCAUUUAGUGGAAUCUAUCUGAAUAACACUGAGCCAGGGAUGUACCACUGUGUCUGCUGUAAUGCCCCACUCUUCAGUUCAGAAAAGAAGUACGAUUCUGGCACUGGAUGGCCUUCAUUUUCUGAGGCCUAUGGAACAUGUGGCAGAAAUGAAAGCAAUACCAAUAUCAUGAAGCGUCCAGAUAACUCAUUGGGAUCAGCCAGCACGGAGGUCCUUUGUAAUCAGUGUGAUGCCCAUCUUGGCCAUGUGUUUGAUGAUGGUCCUAGACCUUCUGGUCAGAGAUUCUGUAUCAACAGUGUGGCAUUAUCUUUUAAACCAAGUUCAGGCCAGUAAGACAGAUCUUUGCAACCUGUGCAUUGAAAGUACCAUGGCUUUUCUUGUGCAUUGUGGAGAAGAUGCAGUGUUAAGUGCCAAAGAAGACUGCACUAUGGGGCCCUCGAUGCUACUGCACUUUUGUUUCAGAAAUAUUGCAGAUGUUGAUAAAAAUAUAGUUAUUGUGAUUUCUAGCCCAAAAUUUACAUUGUGUUGUUUAAUUUAGUUUUAAGUAGUUGAUGCAAUGAAUUAGGUUUGACUAAUUCUUAUAAAAGUAGUUUUUAUUAAAUACUUCAUUAAA